AUGUGGAGAUUCGUCCAGUUUGUUAUGCUACUCUCUGUCUUCUGUUUGAAAGGAGUUGCUACAACAUCAUUGCGCGGCAAGAACCCGCACCUUUGCAUGGACAUGCUAUUCAAAGAAGAGGUAUCAUCUAAUGGGAGCUCGGUGCCGAUCAAAGAAGAAGCAUCCGACAGUUCAGCAUAUAUAUUCCAUCAUGCAAUUUACCAAUCAACUGGCUAUGAUUCCGUAGUAUACGGUACCAAGGCAACUUUAAGUGUUCAUGAGUUCCCGGCCAUCAAGAAGGGGCAAAAUAUAUUGGCUACUGUUAAGGUUUGGAAUUUCCAAAAGGGCCAUCCGGAAUAUACUAAUGCUGUGCAUGCUGGAUGGGCAAUUCGGCCAUCAUUCUACGGUGACAGCAAAACUCAUUUUAUCAUAACAUGGACAGCCGAUGGAUACAGAUCAACCGGGUGUAUUGACUUAAAAUGUGAUGGAUUCGUGCCAGUUAACUAUGCACCAAUUACCCCAGGAGAUAGUUUGGAGGGGCAAAGUAAGAUAUCAAUCAAGAUAUUCAAGAAAAAGGAUGAUGGAGAUUGGUGGUUAUACUUUGGUCAUGAUGGUCAGAACCUUGCUCCCGUGGGAUUUUGGCCAAAGAAUAUCUUCACCAGUUUGGCAGACCAUGCAAAUAUAAUAACUUGGGGAGGCUACACGGGAUCUUUUUCAGGAGAUUCCAGCCCCCCAAUGGGGAAUGGCAAGUGGCCAGGAGCAAAUUCUGCAACAUAUCAAGAUGUCCAGUAUGUUAGCGGUGAUGGCCAAGGCUACGCUCCCCCUCCAUGGCCCGGUGGUGUUCAUGCCGAUGUGACCCAUAAGAACUGUUAUCAACUGAGCCCGUUUACGAAUAACAUGUUCUACUAUGGGGGUCCGGGAGGUUGUAGUGAUUAG